AUGUCAUCAUCUAUCAACGAUUAUCCACCUUUGUCGUUAUAUAUUUCACCACCAUUGACUUUUUCCUCUUCGACACUUACUAAAUUAUGUAUCAGUGUGAACGAUUUGGAUGAUUGCCUGGCUUUACUUGAUGGUCGUUUCAAACAGUUAACUGCAUUCAUUGUUCAAGAUGAUCUGCCUAAAUUAAAAUGCUUUUCAUUGACAUGUUAUGCUGGUACUCGAGGAUAUGACAAUCUAGUUGUACCUCUUCUUCGUCGAAUGUCAUAUCUUGAAGAAUUAACUUUAUAUAUUCGUAUCUUGUAUGGAUCCAUAUUCAUCUCGGGUAUUUAUCUUGAUAAUGAAAUUCUUAGUCAUAUGCUACGACUUCGUACAUUUACAUUCUAUUUUGCUUCUGAAAAUGACAUUAUUGAUUCAGCUAUUCGUAUAUCGGAUUCAGAUAUUGGACGAACUUUUACAAAUGUAAAACUUGGCCAGGUCGCUUCUAUAGUAGAUUAUUUCGAACUUGACUACAUGAUUUGUCACAUUUUUUCACUUCCAGUUAAAUUUCAUCGUCUCGAACCCGUUACAAAUAAUAUUCCAAAUAUUGUAUUCAAUUCUGUUACUCAUUUGAAAUUACAUGAUAAAAAACCAUUCAAACAUGAAUUUUUUAUUCGACUUGCUCGAGCUUUUCCAUUUCUUCAAAGUUUAUCUAUUUACAAUUUUGAGCCACCCAACUGGAGACCUCACGAAAAUCAUCGGUAUCAUACUGAUUGGUGCUCAAUUGUUGACUAUCCUCGUCUUAUUGCACUUGACAUGAAUGAUGCAUCUACUUAUUAUGUUGAACGUUUUCUCAAUGAAACAAAAACACAUCUACCUUGUUUAACUGAAUUAAAAAUUUGGUAUGAUCGGUUGGAAAAGGUGACAAGAAACUUUACAAAAGAUGCAAUGCGAUGUAAUUGUGCUAAAUUUUGUGAAAGAUGUUCUGUGAUCUGUCGUGUAAAUGCUAAACUUUUUUUACAAUAUGAAGAAGAAAAAUAA